AUGAUAUCUCAGUUUUGUCCUACGUUCUUUGGCCCACCGGAUCUCAAUCCUCGCUACGAUGGGGACGGCUAUUGGAUUGAAUGGGAUAACUCGGUGGAUAGAAUUGUUCUUGCCUCAGGAAUGAAUCAUUACUUCCUGGAGUAUGACUGUGAAACCGGACUCCGGACAAGUGGUCGCACACCCGCCCUGUCCGCCAUACCAAGCACCGAAAGUCUCAGUAUCAUCAGGUCAUGGCUCGAUAAAUGCCUGAAUGAGCAUCAAGGCUGCGGUGAGAAUAGUGUUGGAGACCCACCUACUCGACUCGUCGACGUCGGGCCUCACGACGGUUCUCAGGAGCCACGAAUCGUUUGUGGCGAGCAGUGUCGAGAACAAAGAUCUAGAUACUUCGCGCUGAGUUACUGUUGGGGAUCGACGACCAAGGAAUCUCCGUGGACAUUGUCGACUGGAAAUAUUGACAGUUUCAAGGCCGGAAUUCAUCUAGCCCGGCUCCCUCGGAGCUUUCAGGACGUCAUUCAACUUACCAGAGGGCUGAAUGAGAGAUAUAUCUGGAUCGACUGCCUCUGUAUCCUUCAGGACUCUCCAGACGAUUGGGAAAAAGAAGCCUCGUCUAUGGCCGAUAUCUACGCCAACGCUCUCUGCACUAUAAUAUCACCCUCACCAGAUCCGUCGAAACCCCUCUUUGCUGAGAGGGAUAUGUCCCUAGUCAGCCCCGCCGUUUUGAACUUAUCAACGGAAGACAGAAGCCGGACUGCUGCCGUCAGAUUCCAUCCCGUCUUGCCGAAUUGGACAGCCGGGACGAAUGCCAUGGAGGGCGAAGAGUCCCUUCAGAAGAGUCAGCCUACAAGACGGCGCGGAUGGUGUAUGCAAGAGUAUGAACUCUCUCGCCGGGCUCUUGUUUUAACUACCCAUCAAUCUGGCUGGAUCUGUAAACAGAUGCAAUGCUCUGAAGAGGAGUUUUCCACUAUGUCUCGUCCCCUUUCGGACUCGACUGUCCAUAAUGACGGAGUCCUGUUGCGUCCCAACAAGCGCUUGGCUUGGUGGCCUCUCCAUUACCACGGACCCCCUGAACAGAGCGCAUGCGAAACUGUUGCUCUCAAUCGGAAGGUUGUCGAGCAACCACCUGGUCUUUACCACCACAUGUGGGAGAAACUCGUCGAGGAAUUUACGUCGAGAGAAAUCACGGUGCCGACGGACCGGCUGCCUGCCAUAUCCGGACUCGCCGCAAGACGGCAACGGGAGACGGGAGACCAGUAUCUGGCUGGCCUGUGGAAGAACAACCUUGCGUACCCAACGCACCAACAUGGCCAUGGGCCACGGUCAACGCUCCUGUAUGGUUUCCGACGCGGCCGUUCGAUCGGAGCUCCUUUGAGACCUCUAUGCCAUCACCAAUUGAAGGAGACGAGGCCGUGA